CUAACACCGUUUUUGUGGAUGUUGUCUCAUCGGGGCAGCGUCCCAAGCCACUGGAUCCUAGCGGCCGGGGUUGCUUUCUGGCGCCCUCGCUUUACACUACCUCAUCACCUUCAGUAUCUGCAGAUAUUGGUCAGCCUCAGGGCGCCAAAAUCUGUUGUACAGAGAAACAGCCCUCCUCUCUCUGCGGUGCUUCUUUCAUGCAGCUCGCCUACCUUAUAUGCUAUCCCAACGGGCACUACGCUGUCUGCCACAUAUGGUUUUGUCCUUACACCAGCGCUAUUUCUCCGUGUUUGCCUCGCUCGGCCUCUAUUCCACACAAGCAUCAAGGACGCACGACAGAUGCGACGGAAAGCAAACGAUAGGCCAUCUCCUUCUCGAGGGGCAAAAGAGCCCUAUUGUUUUCCUUUCCCCGAUUAAACGCUCCCCCAUAGCAACUACCAGCUGCUUGUGUCUGGUGGAAAGGAAAACGCCCCAGCCGUUUGGUGCUACGGUGCCUUGCAGCCAUAGGACCAACAAAAAUUAG